UAAAGAAGAAAACUAAAAUAAAGCCAAAAGAGUAUUCUAGCUCUUAGAGCUUGACAUACACUGCAGUAGUACCCUGGUAAUGUUCUUACAAUGAGAUGUCAAUAUCGGUGUUAAUAAAUCUGAACUCGAAUUAAUAACUAGCGUAACGAACAAACUCACCAUUUAAUAUCAGAAUGUUAACAGCGAGACAUGUUUAAUAACUCUCAUACCAUGUUUGUCUGUGGCAACUGAGAAGUCAAUGCACUUUUCCUUGCUUUUAUUCUCACGUAUAUUGAAGUCCAUCAUAAUUCUGUUAAAAGUUUGCAUGACACAGAACUAACAUCUUUUGUUUCUUUCAUUAAAUAAGCGAUGGAGCUACCAGACCAACCGCCAAACGUCCAUGGCCAUGAAAAAGAACUUGCUGAGAUUGUUGACACCCUCAUUACUGACCGUGAGGUGGCGGUAAUUCUUGUCAGUGGAACAGCAGGAAUAGGAAAAACCACCAUUGCUAUUCAAGCAAGUUAUCGAUUAAAACAUGCAGGCAAAGACGUCAGGUUUUGCGACUUGCGUGGAGCUUGUGCAAACGAAGAUGAAAUGGUCAGAGCAAUUUUAUACGACUGUGAUUCGGGUCACCAACAGACGAACACAAAACCCAAGCAUGUUCUUCUUCAGUGGUGCAGGCGGCUUCAAUCCGAGACAAUACUUGUUCUCGAUAAUGCAGAAGAUGUACUUGCAGAAGACAGUCUAAAGGAAGCGUUCACUAAAUUAUUAGGAGAAAUGAGAAAGUACACUCCACAGAAGAAUUUAAUUAAAUUCUUGAUCACGUCAAGGCAUUCAGACAUUAACAGUCCAACAACGAUUUUGAAUGUAACGCCUAUCCAGGUAGGCCCUUUGAAUGAAGAGGAAAGCCUUCAAAUACUGAAGGAUGGCGCUGGAUUGUACUCUGUGUCUGACGCGGAAACAAAGAGGAAAUUCAAGAAAGUAGCUGUACUCUGUGAGCACAUUCCACUUGCACUUCGUCUAGCUGGUCCUCUACUUUCUUCUGAUUCUGAGUACAGUUUUCAGGAACUUAUUCAAGGGUUAAAUGAAAACACUACAAAAACUCUUGAACUGGACGGAAUGAUGGGGAUAGCAUUUGAACAGUUAGACGAAACUUUGCAGCAUGCACUAGUGCGCCUUUCGGUCUUUGUAAGAUCUUUUGAUAAAGCAGCAGCCAAGGCAUUAUUAGGUGAUAAGUGCCCUGUGAUGCUGAGAAAUUUGAGAAGAAGGAGCUUGAUUGAAAAGCAGCACAACCGAUACCACCUUCACCUGUUGAUUAGAGAUUAUGCCGGACAGAAAGGAAGAGACCACUUCCGUCAAAUCCUGGCUCAAGGUCGAGAGUCUUUCCUUAAACAUUUCUUGGCUCUGAUUUUGAACAAUACGAGAACGUAUUGGCAAAAAGAUGGUUGCAGAAGAUCUUUAGAUCUGUUCGAUGUCGAAAGACUUAACUUUGAGCAUGCUUUGAAAAUUGCGUCUUCGGCGGAGAAAUUUGAGGGCUCCAGAGAACUAGAAAGUGUCUUAAACGACUGUUGGCUAGUGGCACCUUACAUAGGAGAUUGUGUUCCCUUUGAGCUUCAUGAUGACUUUCUGAAUGGUCUUCUAAAACUUGCCCAAAGCCAAGGAAAAGUAAUCCAUGAAGUAGAGAUUUUAUGUCUCCUUUAUGACGAAGGAAGAAAACGUGCUGGUGCCAAGCAGCAGUCAGUACAUGGCAGAGCUAUUAAAUUGCAUGAUGAGAAUGAACAUCUCUUUGAACAGAACGGCCUGUCUGAGGUAUUUUAUUUGAGUCACUAUGGCAGAUAUCUCUCACAGGAUUGUGAUCGAAGGGAAGACGCACAGCCGUUUUUGAAAAAGGCGCUAUCCGUUUAUGAAAAAGAAAAACUAGCGUCAACAUUCGAUAAGGCCAGAAUUCUCGGGCAAAUGGGGCACAAUGCAAAAGAACUGGGAAGACCCCAGGAAGCUCUUAAAAAUCAUUUGGAAGCAUUGAAAUUUCGCCAGGAUCAUUAUGGAGAUCACGUCUUAACUGCAUUUGCACACAAAGAUCUGGCGGAUCAUUACUUGAGUGUGAACGAAUUAAAAGAAGCAGAAGAAAACUACAACAAAGCAAUUCACAUUUUGGAAGAUAUGAAAAUAGCGGAACACAAGUCUGUUCGGAUCUUCAGUAAUUUGGGAAUCUGCUUGCAAAAGAGUGGAAAAUUUGAAAAAUCCCGACAAAAAUACCAAACGGGGAGUGACAUUGCUGAUAAGACUAUUGAGGGCAACCACAAAUGGAAGGUUAUGAUUAAAACUAACUUAGCAUUGCUACUUUAUUCAAAUUACCAAGAAGAAGUUAAUACAGCUAACACAAUUGCAGAAGAAGUUCUUCAAAUGGCCAAAGAUCUUGAACUGAAUUAUUGGGCAGGAAUGGAAGAACUUAAACAAAUGUACCAAAGCAAGAGAAAUUGAGGAAGAGAGCAGAACAAUGUGCCCUUUGAUAACUUUUUGAAAAGUAUUUAUAGUUUGCACUGGGUUCUGUUAAGUCCGUUCCCAUGACCGCGUAGUCUCUCCCUCUUCAACCCAUUUUGCUCGUCGAUGGCUGAUACAACUGGUUUUUCCAUGUCAAAACUUUUGAUCCGUCAACAAAAGGGAUGCCGACAUCGUCCGCCCUGUCUGUUGCAUUAUUUCCACGUGACCAAAAGCAUUAGACAAUCGUUGAACAAUGCUUUUAGUGAUUUAAGAACUUCCAUAACUUUUGGACUACCUGUAGAUUUUGCAGUGCUUUUUUUCUGGGCAUUACAUAAGAGAAAUGAAAAGACCAGUGCCCUAUCUGUCUUGUCACGGUGACAUAAAUUUCACAAUGACAGAUAGGCCACUUGUCUCUGCGUUUCUCUUUUUUGAUGCAAAACGGAUUAUUCUAAUUAGCAUAAACAUUGGAAACUUGCCCCACAGCAACCUCGUUAUUAACAACUAUAACUUAUUAUGGCCAAUACAGUUCUUUUGACAAAAAAUAAGUUGUCAGCCAGGUCAAGAAAUGUUGUCAAUGGACAGUGCUACAGAGGAAUUUACUCAGAGAUUAAGGGAAAUUUCAUUGAAAAUCAGAACUUUUCGUUGAGACAAAAAACAAUUAGGAUUUUCUCACGUCAAAGACUGCUAGAAAUACGGCAUUGAGCAAUUUUAUUCAGACUUCAGUUUUAGCCUUUUUUGUAGUUGUAUGCGUUUUAUUCUAUUUCAAUAUGAUUUUAAUAUCGUUUUUUAUUAUAUGGCUGUGUCUCACAAGGACUGGAAAC